AUGGUACGUCAUGUUAUGGAUAUCAUAAUAAUGGCAACAGCUAAAUUAAAUGGAAAUCAAAUGUCUGUAUAUGCAAUUGGAAAGGAACUGCAGUGGAAGUUUCCUGACAAGUAUAGUGAGGAUCACAUUAUAUUCAUGAAGUGUGGCCUUCAUAGUGAAAUGAUGGUCAUUAACUUACUUGGCAAGUGGUUAACUUGCAGUGGAUUAACUGAAUUAGUAACAACAAUUGGAAAUAACUGGUAUUGUCAGUUCUGGUGUUGCAGAAUCCUGCCUCACAUUGCCAUAUGUGAAAAGAUAUUAAUAUGCUCAUCAAGUUACUUUAACUGCAUUACACUGUCUACAGGUACAGUGGUGCCCCGCAAGACGAACGCCUCGCAAGACGAAAAACUCGCAAGACGAAAGGUUUUUUCGUUUUCGAGUUGCUUCGCAAGACGAAUGUCCCUAUGGGCUUGCUUCGCAAGACGAAAACGUCUUGCAAGUUUGUUUCCUUUUCGUAAAACCGUUAAAACCCAGGGUGCAUUGCUGGAAGAGGUGCAGUUGCGACUUGACCUCGAGGAGCAACACAUUGCACGCGGUGUGGUGGCCUUUCUGAGCUUUUUAAAGAGUUUGCUGGAUUUUUGAAGCUUUUCCAAAACUUCUUUUGCAGCUGUUUGGUAAGUUAAACUUUUAAAACUUUUUUGGGUUUUUGGAUUUUGGGUUGGGGUGUUUAGAAUUCAAGGACUUGGUGUUGGGGAGGGGUUUGCAAGAAUCUGGGAGCUUGUGUGGUUUUUUCUGCAUUUUUAUGAUUUUCUGUGACCAUUGGGCCAUGUUUAUUUUUUUAAAAAAAUCUGGCUUUGAAUUUUUGAAUUUCUGUGUGCUGGGUGGAUGGGGAACAGCUGGGGAGGGGCUUUCAAGAAUCUGGGAGCUUGUGUGACAUGAUUUUCUGUGACCAUUGGGCCAUGUUUAUUUUUUUUAAAAAAAAUAUCUGGGUUUUGAAUUUCUGAAUUUCUGUGUGCUGGGUGGAUGGGGGAACAGCUGGGGAGGGGUUUGCAAGAAUCUGGGAGCUUGUGUGUUUUUUUCUGCAUUUUUAUGAUUUUCUGUGACCAUUGGGCCAUGUUUAUUUUAAAAAAAAAAAAUCUGGGUUUUGAAUUUCUGAAUUUCUGUGUGCUGGGUGGCUGGGGGAACAGCUGGGGAGGGGUUUGCAAGAAUCUGGGAGCUUGUGUGGGGUUUUUGUUGAAUUUUUAUGUUUUUGUGUGACCAUUGGGCCAUGUUGUUUUUUAUAUGAAAAAAAAAUCUGUGUAAUGAAUUUCUGUGUGCUGGGUGGCUGGGGGAACAGCUGGGGAGCGGUUUGCAAGAAUCUGGGAGCUUGUGUGGUUUUUUUUGAAUUUUUAUGGUUUUCUGUGACCAUUGGGCCAUGUUGGUUUUUUUUGAAAAAAAUUUCUGGGUUUUGAAUUUCUGUGUGCUGGGUGGCUGGGGAAACAGCUGGGGAGGGGUUUGCAAGAAUCUGGGAGCUUGUGUGGGGGUUUUUUGCAUUUUUAUGGUUUUCUGUGACCAUUGGGCCAUGUUGUUGUUUUUUGAAAAAAAUUUCUGGGUUUUGAAUUUUUGAAUUUCUGUGUGCUGGGUGGCUAGGGGAACAGUUGAGGAGGGGUUUGCAACAGUUGGGGAGGGGUUUGCAACAGUUGGGGAGGGGCUGGGGGAACAGUUGAGUUUUUUGAAGACUUUGGUGAUUUUUAAAGCUUUCCCAAAACUUCUUUUGCAGCCAUUUGAGGAUUUUGAAGACUUUGGUGAUUUGCAGCCAUUUCGUAAGUUAAACUUUUAAAACUUUUUUGGGGUUUUGGAUUUUGGGUUGGGUGUUUGGAAUUCAAGGACUUGGUUCUGGGUUUGAAUUGCUGAUUUUUUUCUUUUCUGAGUUUACAAAGGUAACAGCUGUGCUGCCAUGGGACCCAAGAAGACUGCUGCUGCUGCGGAGGCCGGCGAGAGGAAGAAGGAGAAGGUGACGCUGGAGAUGAAGAAGGAGAUCAUCCGGAAGCACGACGGUGGAAUGCGUGUGACGGACCUCGCCAGGGAGUACGGCAGGAACCCAUCGACCAUCGGGACCAUCCUGAAGAUGAGGGAGAAGAUCCUUGCGACUGAUGCAGCCAAGGGAGUCACCAGGAUCGUGAAGAACCGCCCAGCUGUUCUGGAGGAGGUCGAGAAGUUGCUGCUCAUCUGGUUAGAAGAGAAGCAGCGUGCAGGGGACACAGUGACUGAGGCCGUCAUUUGUGAGAAGGCCAAGGCCUUGCACGCAGACCUCAUCCGGGAACAGCCAGGAACCUCGGCCGAGCCAGAAGUCUUCAAGGCAAGCAGAGGCUGGUUUGACCGGUUCAAGGCAAGAUCCGGAAUCCACAGCAUGGUCAGGCAUGGAGAGGCUGCCAGUUCUGAUGUUCCUGCGGCUGAAGACUUUGCCUUGGAGUUCCUGGAGGUUGUGAAGACGGAGGGCUACGUUCCACAGCAGGUCUUCAACUGCGACGAGACCGGGCUGUUUUGGAAGAGGAUGCCCAAAAGGACUUUCCUCACACAGGAGGAGGCCAAGUUGCCUGGCCACAAGCCCAUGAAGGACCGUCUGACCCUGCUCUUCUGUGCCAACGCAAGCGGCGACCUGAAGAUCAAGCCCCUGCUGGUGUACCACUCGGAGAACCCACGGGCCUUCAAGAAACACAAGGUCGACAAGGAGCGGCUGAGUGUCAUGUGGCGAUCCAACAGCAAGGCUUGGGUCACACGUGUGCUGUUUGUGGACUGGGUCAAUCUUGCCUUUGGCCCUGCUGUCAAACAGUACCUGCUGGACAACGACCUGCCGCUGAAGGCUUUGCUUCUGAUGGACAAUGCUCCUGCUCAUCCUAAAGGCCUUGAGGUGGACUUGUUGGAGGAGUUCAGCUUCAUCAACAUCAUGUUCCUGCCGCCUAACACCACGCCACUGCUCCAGCCGAUGGAUCAGCAGGUCAUCGCCAAUUUCAAGAAACUCUACACCAAGGAGCUUUUCAGGCGAUGCUUCGAGGUGACUGAUUGCACCACCAUCACCCUGCGGGAAUUCUGGAAGGACCACUUCGACAUCGUCACCUGCUUGAAGAUGAUCACCACGGCCUGGAACGGGAUCAGCCAGAGAAAUUUGAAUUGCGCUUGGCGCAGCCUGUGGCCGGACUGUGUGGCACCAAGUGACUCUGAUGCACCAGAGUCGACAGUGGUGCAGGACAUUGUUGCCUUGGGGAGGACCAUGGGCCUGGAGGUCACAGAGGAGGACGUCUGCGAGCUGGUGGAGGAGCACGACCACGAGCUGACCACCCAGGAGCUGGUUGAACUGCAGUCAGAGGUUGCGCAGGAGCAGGCCUCGCUGGAAGAGGAGGAAGCAACUGAGGAACGGCCGUCCUCCAAAGAACUGAGGGACAUUUGCCAGAAGUGGAAGGAGGUGCAGGCUUUUGCAGAGCGGCACCACCCUGACAAGCACGUGGCACAUGACCAAGCGAACACUUUUGAUACGACGGUCAUGUUGCCUCUCAGGGAGCUGCUGAAAAGGCGGAUGAAGCAGCAGACCAUGGACAGGUUCCUCAGCAAGAAGCAAAGAGUGGAAGAGGAACCUUCUUCGAGUGGUCCCCAGAGUCUUAGAAAAUGUAAUGUACCCUUUUUGAUUUUUAAAUGUUUUUCCUGUCAUGGUUAGAAACGUAAGUUAUUGUGCCUGCCAGUUUUGAUAUGCUCUUUCAAGUAUGUGUGACUUUACAGAGCAGUUAAUAAACUCUUGUUGUACCAAAUUUGGCUUUGAUUGGACUUUUUUACCAUAGGAACGCAUUAAUUGAAUUUCAAUGCAUUCCUAUGGGAAACCGUGCUUCGCAAGACGAAAAAUUCGCUAGACGAAAAAACUCGCGGAACGAAUUAAUUUCGUCUUGCGAGGCACCACUGUACAAGCAUUCCACAAAGCAUGUGAAACAGAUUCCACCAUCAGUGACGUAAACAUUGAACUAUGGAUUACGUGGAAAACAUCUGAAUGUCCUCAGUUCCAAUAUUGGAACACAAUUAUUGAACCCAAGUCCCUGCUAGUACAACUUAUAUUAAGUAUUCACACAUCUAACUUUAAAAUGUUUGUGGAUACUUUGACUCAGUUAUGCUCUGAGUCCCAUAAAAGGGGAGUUGGGCUGUUAAAGGCACCCCCCCUAUUUUCUGGUAAUACACUUUUCUGGUAACAAUACCUGUUACCUUCUCAUUUGUAAUAAAGGGUUCAAAACUAAAAUUCAUUUUAUUUCCCUAAAAAAUAAAACAAAAACCACCCAUCUUCUUCAUGCUUCUGGAGUUUUGUCAAGAGCAGAUUCUGCCUUCCUACCUACCCUCACAAUGGCAUGAUAAAAUGAAACGCAAAAUCAAGCACUCAAUGCAUUUGGUUGUCGGUCUCCUUCCUCUCCCGUUUUCCUCCACUGCAGUAAAUGAAGGAGCCUUCAGCUUGCUUUUCUGCUCCAGCUCCCUUUCUCUCCCCACUAAUGGCACGAAGGCAUGGGCACAGCUAACUUCAUUAACUUUGCUACGCGUGCUCAGAACACUGUCGGGAAGGGGGCGGGGCAAGUGAAAGAAGAACGGUGCGCACAAGAGGUUGAUGUCCGCUCCUUUGUGACGUUUGUUUUAGCAAAGACUGGUCGCUAGACUAUUGGGGGGAGGGGGAGAAGGGAUAAAGGGCGGGGGGGGGGGAUGUGCGUGUGGGUUUGCGAGUGAGCAGGCCGCUCGCUCUCUCGCUCACCUGCAAUUUCCUAAGCUUAGCCUGUGAUUAGUGCAGGCCUCGGACCUGGCGAACCCCGGAAAGCGGCAGUCAAGUCCUCUUUUCUCCACUCCUCCAGCUCGAGCAGGAGCACGCCAAGCGAAGGUGAGGAGUGGGUGGGGGGUGCUCAAUCGCGGAAAGGGGAUUGUUGAAAAUUUUAAUUAAUUGUUUUUUAAAGGGCGGAUGUGUGGGAGAGGUGCCAGGCUGCUUAGGCCCCAGAACAGGCCCCAACGCCUACCAACACUCACGUAGCACACCACUUUUUUAAAUUUACUCCCCGCUUCACAUGUAAACCCGCUCGGGCUUUACAACCAGAGGGGCGCGAGUGUGCGUUCGGCUUUCUACUCCGCCGCGCGGUUCGACCUAGCACUGUAGCUGUCCCCGAGAGGCGGCCAGAAAAUGGCGGCAAACAAAAUGGCGGCUGUCAGAAUCGGCGGCAGAGAUAACAGAGAAGCACAGCUUACAGAGGCCUUUUUCUUCCUCUGCCUUAUUCAACUUUUAGAAAACACACACCUCCCCCCGAAGUCUUCUAAUAGCCAGUGGUUGUAGCGCCAGACAAACCUCGCUUCUGCGCCUUAUAGUACUGUGGGAUGUUAAAGACAAAACGGAAAGGGUGCAGGGGAAGAAGGAAGCGCCGGCGGUGCAGCUGUCAGGGGAGUUGUCGGCUGAAAACUCCUUCCUCUUUCCCCCGACAGCCUACAGCUGAUGGGAGCCUUCGUCGUCAUGUCUUAUCUCAGAUCCCGCGCGAGGCAUCGUUGGCUCUUUGCCUUCCUCGGCCGUGCAACACUAGCUCUGGGAAGGAUGGGUACAACCCCACCCCCUUUUGCCCUACCCGCGCUCUAAAGAGCCGCUUUAUUGUUUGCCCGUCACGGGCGCUGAUUGGAAGCGAGGGGAAGAGGAGCGUUUUGUGUGUGUAUAUAGAAAUGCGGGUCUCCGCCUCAUUCAAGCGCAAGGUUCACCAUCCCCUUUAUUGAGUAGCCGCCACCUUGGAAGCCUUUGGAAAAAAGAAUUUACGUUUUGAGCCCCACGACUUGGUUUGGGAGAGCUCUUUCUAGCCAGAAACAGUCUGACCCCUUCUGUGUGUUUACAUUUAAGUUUUGUAGGGACUUGCCCAUGUGCUUUUAAGUUUGCAGUGGUUUGCUGCCUUUACUUGCACAUGUUUACCAAAAAAACCCCAGCUUAGUCUUUCAGCUUCUUUAAGAUUAAAUGCAUCUACUGCAUAAACUUUAAUAAUAUAGACUACAGCCUACUUCAUGAGGACUUGGGGCACAUACAACCUGUAUUUUCAAAAUUCAACUUUUGUUUGUUGGCCCACAUGCAAACCACCACCACCUCUAAGCACCACCUCAACUGCCUCUCCCGAUGCAGGUGGAACAGAGAGAUAGAGCUGGGUGACAUCUGCAUAUUGAUGAAACUUCAUUCCAGAUCUCCUAAUGACAGUUCCCACAGGCUUCAGAGCAUGAGGGACAAGAUGGAGUCCUGUGGGACACCACAGAGCAACACCCAUGGUGCUGAACAGUAGCCUCCCAUUACUAUUUUCUGAAAAUGGCCCUGUAAGUAGAAUUGGAACCACUGAAGCACAGUUCCUCUGAGCCUCUCCAGAAGGAUACUGUGGCCAGCAGUAUCAAAAGCUGCUGAGAGAUCAAGGAGAAUGAGUGGGGUGGCACACCCUGCAUCUCUCUCCAGAUAAAUGUCAUAACUCAUUGUUAUCAAGGCAGUUUGUACCAUGAACAGUCGUAAAGCCAGACUGGAAUGGAGCCAAGUAAAUACAGUUUGCACACACUGGGCAAUUGAGCACUGCAUUUGCAGAAGAGUGAAAAAAUGUUUUUAUUUUAAUUCUGGGGAACUUAAAAGUGAGUUAAAAUGCCUAUCCAAGAGACUUAAGAAAUUCAUGUGUUUGAUGUCAUUAAGAAAGUGCUAAGUUUUUUAAAAACAGAACCCCAAAAUUGUAAUGUGUUGUCUACUACAGCAGCAAAGGAUUUUGACAAAAUAUAAAAUGAGUCGGUACAAUGCAUAAACUGAAUUAAUGUAGUAUUAUGGUACGUACUGAUAUGUAAUGGAUUUUCAUAAUCUAUUAAGUUCUAAACAUCCUGCAAUUGGAAAUGGAUAUUCAGAAGUGAAUCACAGCUAUUUCAAAAUAAUAAUUUACAGGAACGUUUACAGGAACCUGAGGUGGUCUUUUAUUACCUGGUGGUAGAUUAUUGCUCCAGCCUUUUCUUGUCGCAGUAGUCUUAUACACCUGUUACACCACUUUUUACUAUUCACACUAAAUGUGUAAAAACAACAACAGAAAUCCUUAGCUGCCAAAAAUUGUGAUUAUAAAAUUUAAAUGAACCUAUGGUAUGGUGUUCUUCACAGAAGGCUUUUUGUUCCAGUACAGUCUUCAUGAAUGGAAAGAAGGGAAGCCAUUUUCGCCAUUUUCGCUUCCUCUUGCAGCCCUCCUUCCCCCUCCCACACUGUUCCAAAGGGUCAUCUAACCUUCUGGAGUAGAAUUGUGUGGAAGUUGAGGAGACUGCAGAGGGAAGGGUAGUUGGCAAAAAUUGCUUUCCACCAUUUUCUGUUCAUGAAAGCCUCCAGUGGCUUGAAAAGCCUUCAGUGAGUGGUGGAACACAUUUGGAUGCAACUCACUUAGUAUUUCUACCUGGUAGGGCUGGGCGAUAUCUGGUUUUCAACAUCACAAUAUAUCACCAGCUAAAUAUUACGAUAUCUCGAUAUAUCAAGCGCUAUAUAUCUGCAGCGGCAGAGGGCCUUGCUCAACCUCCCUGUGGCAGCAGAGGGUCCCAAUGUACCUCCUCACAGCGGCAGAGGGUGUGCUGCACUUCCCCGCAGCAGCAAAGGGUCUUGACGCGCCUCUCCACAGUGGUGGAGGGUUCACCGCGCUUCCCUGCAGCAGCAGAGGGCUUUUCUGCGCCUCCCUGUGCCGGCUGAGGGUCUCACCCAGUGUUUUAAACUCCCAUUGUUCUAGGUGCAUUUUGCGACAGGGAAUUUCAUUAGGGUGAGCUCUGGGUGCAGUACUGCACCUAAGAUUUCAGAUAAAAACUGCACGGUGGAAGGAAAGGAGGAACUGGAGAAGAGACCCUCUUAAGAAUAUUAGGGGGGGUGGGCUAAACCAUGUGAAAAAUGAACAUAAAAUUUUAGCUGCAGUUCAUUCAUUUUCAGCUUUGUAUUCUUCUUGUUAAAAAAAAGUGUGCCUGGACAUUCCAUUGUUAUGCUCAUAACCUAGGUUGAAGGUGCCAUUUAGCUCCUAGCUUUCAUAUCUCAGUUUCUAACACUGGUCCCACCAUACCUCCCCAAAGUGGUGAAGGGUGUGCCAUGCUUCCCCCCAGCAACAGAGGGCCUUGCCACACCUCCCCUUGGCAGCAGAGAGUCAGGCUAUACCCCCUUGCAGCAGGCAGGGGGUGCACCACGCUUCCCUGCAGCAGCUGAGGCCCUUGAGGCUCCCUGCAGCGGAGGAGGGCCUGAACAUGUAAGGAAGUAGUAGAUUCAAUAAAAAUAUUAAAUAAACUUCCAUAUACUAUACCAUAUUGGCCCGAAUAUAAGCCACACUUUUUCCCCAAAUUCCAAUUGUGAAAAGUUAAAAGUGUGGCUUAUAUUUGCGACCUUACGGUAUCGCUGCUGAAACAGCGGCUCACGAGGGCCGUCGGGGGUGCAGGAUAACUGUGCCCAUCCCAUCUGCGUCUCCCAAGCCUCCCCCGAGCCACUGUAAGGAAGGGGGAAGGGGGGAGGCUGCAGCAAAGCGGCACUGCUCCCCGCCCCCCGGAAUCAGCCCCUGGGGCAAUGGCACACAGCCCGCCCACCUCUGCCAAGUUUCCCCAGAGCUGCCGUAAGGAAAGGGGAAGGGGAAAGAAGCCCGGGGGCAUGGGGCAACGGCGCACAGCCUGCCUGCCGCUCCCAAGCCUCCCUUGGGGAGGUAGUGCCACGAGGUGGUAGUGUUGGGAGGUGGGCACACUGUGUGCUCGGAGCCGAUCGUCGGCUGCCCCCCAUUCAGGGCAGUAGUGCUAGGAGGCAGACACGCAGCACGCUCGGAACCAGACGCCAGCUUGGGGAGUGGGGCGCCCAUCGCCCCCCCAUCCCCUGUUCAGUACAGUAAUGCCGGGAGGCGGGCCACACCCACAAAUAGGCCUUGAAUUUUAAAGGUGCGGCUUAUUUGUGGGUGCGUCUUAUAUUCCAGACAAUACAGUGGUACCUCGGGUUACAUACACUUCAGGUUACAUAUGCUUCAGGUUACAGACGCCGCUAACCCAGAAAUAUUACCUCGGGUUAAGAUCUUUGCUUCAAGAUAAGAACAGAAAUCGUGCAGCAGCGGCAGCAGGAGGCCCCAUUAGCUAAAGUUGUGCUUCAGGUUAAGAACAGACCUCCAGAACGAAUUAAGUUCUUAACCCGAGGUACCACUGUACAAAGUUGCAUCUGCUUCCCCACUCAGAGGUCUGAAUAGAAUCCGCAUGCAUAAGCCUUACUGAGAUCAACUAAACUUCUACUUUCCUGGGAGUAAGCCUCAUUGAAUCCAGUAGUGCUUGCUUGUGAGUAGACACACAUUUGCUUUCACUGCCUACGGAAAAACAUCCUCCCCAUCAUUCUCACAUAGUACCCAACCUCCCAUUUCAGCAUAAGUGUCAGGCUGCCAGGCAAGGCUUACCUUCCCCCUCUCUGUAGAUAACAGCAUGAAGCGAAAGCAGUCUUUUGCAGCAACAGAGAGAGAGGGAGAGGGGGGCUCCCACCAUUCUUCCUCAGAGCAAUACCCUUCAGUCUGGUUCCUCACAUCAUCCCUCCCUCUAAGACUCUCCUCCUCCCACCCCUCUUGUUUGGGUUUCUGGGGGUGUCUCGCAUGAAACAUUUUUUUGCAAAUCAGGUGCAUGCACAUGCUCUGCAUAUUCCCAUGAGUGCUUGGCUGGUCCAUAACCCUUCCACCCAAUCAAGUACUGUAAUUCUUUACGUUGCUAUCGAGAGUCCAAAAUCUGCUCAACUUCAUAAUCUUCUUCUACACUUCCACUACAAUGGGAGGGGGAGGAGUUUCCCUAGAUGUCUGAUACGGAUGCACCAACACCACUGGGGAUAACAUUGACCUGUGGAACAUGGGGUGAAUCUUCAUAGAUGAAGGUAUUUGGAGUCUGAAAGUCACAGGCUUAAUUUGGCCUGUCACCUCAAACGGACCCACUCUCUGAUGAUCUAAUUUCUUACAUCUGCCUCUUUGCGGUAGAUCACAUGUUGACAACCAUACCUGAUUCCCAACUUUUAUCUCCCUACCCGGUUGGCGGUGAGCAUUUGCUGCCUUCUUAUAAGCCUCUUUAGCAUAGUUCCACUGUUCCUCCAGUAAUUCCUGAAUGGCUGCCAACUCCUCUAAAAAUUCUUCCGUGGCAGGUACUGACAAGGUGUCGGUUGGGGACGGGGACGCACGAGGGUGGUAACCGUAAUUUGCAAAGAAUGGGGUUUGUUUUGCUGAAACAUGCAGGGCGUUAUUAUAUGCAAACUCCGCUAGAGGAAGCUUGGUUACCCAAUUGUCCUGCUGGUAAUUAACAUAGCAACGUAAGUAUUGCUGCAACGUUGUGUUCCUUCUCUCUGACUCUCCGUUCGUUCCUGGAUGCCUGGCCGAGGAAAGGCUUAUUUCCACUUUGAGCAACUGCAUGAGUUUUUUCCAGAACUUUGAGGUAAAUUGGGUUCUGCGAUCUGAAAUCACUUGACGGGGAAGUCCAUGCAAAUUGAACACAUGAUCUACAAACAACUGUGCUGUUUUGGGGGCUGUUGGGAGUCUUUUAUGAGGCACGAAGUGGGCCAUUUUUUUGGGGGGAGGGGGAAUCCACCAUCACCCAAAUUCCUGUCUGUUGCUGCAACCUUGGUAGAUCAGUUAUAAAAUCCAUAGCAAUGGUUUCCCAAGGCUCUUGAGUGGUAGGUAGCAGUUGUAGUAAGCCCGGUGGGGCUUCCUUGGGUCUCUUUGCCUGUUGACACGUUUUACAAGCUUGCACAUAAUCCUUUACAUCUUCUCUUACCCUUGGUCACCAAAACUGUCUUGUCACAUGGUAUAAUGUUUUGUACUGACCAAAGGGACCUGCUGUAGGGUUGUCAUGACAUUGACGCAGAACGGUGGCUUUAAGGUCCCCUGCUGGAACGUAGAGAGUCUCACCCUUGUACAAAAGUCCUUCUUUUUCUGAAAAACCCUCAAUAUCAUUAUUAUCUCCCUCCAGUGCCCUCAAUUUGUCUCUGGGAAAAGCAUCCUCUCUUGUCUGCCGCUGAAAGUCUGUCUCGUCUCUCACUAAUCCUGCCACCAACUGCAACUGUUUCGGUGUCAAGAUAUGCCUGUAUACCAAGACUGAUUCUUCUUCCUGGUAUUCAGGUUUCCUUGAAAGGGCGUGCCCCUUGUUUCUGGCUCCCGGCCACAUACUUGACUCUGAAGUCAAACCUAUCAAAAAAACUGCCCGUCAAAUUUGCCUCAGAUUCAACUGUUUCACCGCCUGCCAACAUUCCAAAUUCCAAUGGUUCAUGUGUACUUCUACCUGGUGCAGAGCUCCCUCCAGGAAAUGUCUCCACACUUCAAAGGCUUCCUUGAUUGCCAAAAGUUCCUUCUCCCAAAUUGUGUAGUUCUUCUCAGAAAGGUUCAGCUUUCUCAAGUGGAACACGCACAGCUGAAGGUUGCCCUCUAUGUCCUCUUGUAGCAGCAGCACCACUACUGCCCUAUCUGAAGCAUCCAUCUCCACUAUUAGUGGUUGAUGAGGGUCUGCAUGUGCCAGAUACAUCUCUGAAGAGAACAUGGUUUUUAAACGUUGGAAUGCCCAUCGCGCAUCAUUUGUCCACCGGAAGGUUUUUUUUGCCCCUGAGGCAAUCAGUGAACGGUGCAGUCAGUCUUGAAUAGGCAGGCACAAACCUACAAUAAUAGUUGGCGAACCCCAAGAAUCUUUGUAAGUCCUUCUUUGUUUUGGGUUCCUGCCACGACAUCAAGCAAUAUAUACAUUUUAAAGGGCUAGACUGAUUAUAAACAAUGAACUGUCAGAACCUUUUGACAUUUCUAAAGGGACAAGGCAGGGCUGCCCACUGACUCCCCUUCUCUUCAUAACAGUGUUAGAAACACAUUUAAAAGCAAUUAGGGACGACCCAAAAAUAGAAGGGAAUAAAAUCUGAAAAAGAUCCUAUAAGGUCAAGGCUUUUGCAGAUGACCUGAUAAUUACAACAAAAAACCCAUUAGAAAGUAUUUUAAAACUGUUGGAGAAAAUGAACGAAUUCGGCCAAUUAUCCGGUUUCAAAAUCAACAAAGAAAAAACAUAUGGUGAAAAAUUUGGACGCACAAGAAAAAGUAGAGUUGGAAAAAGAGACAGGAUUAAAAGUUAUGAACAAAGCCAGAUACCUAGGAGUUUGGAUUACUAUGAAAAACAUCAAUCUUUAUAAGGAUUAUUAUAUAAAGGCCUGGAAUGGUAUAAAAAAAGAGCUAGAGAGCUGGAAUAGAUUAAAACUGUUGUUAUGGGGGAGAAUCUCUACAAUUAAAAUGGUAGUCCUUCCGAAAAUGUUGUUCCUUUUUCAAACCAUUCCAGUUAUUAAUGGACUUAACUGUUUCAAAGAAUGGCACAGGUAUUUGGUUUUUAUCUUUAUCUUACAUUUGGCAAGGUAAGAAACCCAGAAUAAAAUGUAAAUUAUUAACAGAUUUAAAAGAAAGAGGUGGCUUCGCUUUGCCAGACCUUAGGUUGUAUUACGAAGCAGCAUGUUUUGUAUGGUUAAAGCAGGCAUGUCCAAAGUCUAUUUCGGGGGUCUGAUCCGGCCCGCCAGUCGGUUUAAUCCAGCCCAUGUGGCAGUUUAUUUCCUAGGGUAAAAUCCUAAAAAAAACCUCAACAAACCUAAAAAAGCUCAACAUCUUUGCGGUAAAAUCAGGAAAAAAAGCUCAACAACAUCAAUCCUGAAAAAAAAGGUCAACAACGGCUUUUCACUGGAAAGGAUUGGAUGAUCUUAAAGAAUACUAAUUUACUGGAUAUAGAAGGAUGGGACAAUAAAGUAGGAUGGAGGUGAGGAAAGAAAGAAGAGCUUUCCAGUUCUUUGUUUAUCAGGCUGUGCAUAAUUAGCUGAGCUCUAAGUGGAAAGAUACCAGUGAAGCUGAAAAAGUUUGCUGGUUUGUCUAAGGAGUAAUCAUCAUUUCUUAUUGGUGAGGAGGGAAAGAGGAAACAAAGUUGGAGACACAGUGCCUGCAAUAUCUGUAAAGUAUCUUCAGCUGAGCCCUGAGAAGCUGUUAAGUCUCCACCUUUUGUUCACCAGCAUAUUGCCUUGUUUAAGCACUUACCAUGAUGUUAUUUCAAUACCAUAUUCAAUGAUACGGCGAUUUAUUAAACAGCCCUACUAUCUGGGUACUUACUACUGUGUUCAGUACAGUUGUACCUUAGCUGACGAAUGCCUUGGCAGUUGAAUGUUUUGGCUCCCAAACGCCGCAAACCCGGAAGUGAGUGUUCCAGUUUGCGAACGUUCUUUUGGAAGCCGGACGUCCGGCGGGGUUUCUGCGGCUUCUGAUUGGCUGCAGGAAGCUCCUGUAGCCAAUCCGAAUCCGCACCUUGGAAGUCUAAUGGACUUCUGGAAUGGAUUCCAUUCAGCUUCCAUGGUAUGACUCUAUAAAUAACAUUGUGUUAGGCUGCAAUCUGAAAUAGAUUUGCUAAGGCAUUUGCCUCCCUGAACAUAGUGGGACUUAUUUAUCAGUAGACGUGCUUAGAAUACCACUAUAAAUUGAAGUGUUACUCAUUUAUAAAUGUUUGUAGGUUGGUUACGCUAUUAUUUGCAAAUCCUGUCAUCCAAAUAGCAACUGAGUCUACUUUCUUAUUCCUCAGCUGGUCUGCUGGUAGGUACACAGGAAGCCACCUUAUACUGAGUCAGACAUUGUUCCUUCUAGCCAGAUAUUGUCUACACUGACUGGUAGCAGCUCUCCAGGAUUUCAAACAGGGUUCUCUCUCUGCUCUACUAGGAGAUGCUGGGGGUGGAUGCUGAUAUUUGCGCUUGUUGUGAAAUCUAGUAAUAAGAUAACUUUACAUGUGCUUGCUAAAGAGGCUUGCAUUGAAGUCUGUAUUAAGUGCUAAAGCAUCAUUCUAAGACAUUUAUCUUAGUACAAGUAGUAAUUUCUAUAUACUUUUCUUUUCACAGUUUGUGAAUGAGCAUAGAUGA